AGGAAAAGUCCUUGCUGCUGAAUUAUUUAGCCGUGUUGUGGAAAACGGGAGAGCGAGCGCGCGCGAGAGAGAGAGAAGAGAGAGAGAGCACCUGUUUGUUGUUGUUUUGCUCUGUGUUGCCCACGCACGAGCGCUGGAUCAGAGCAGUCGGGGUUGUAUUUUAAUCAACUACGCAAAACGGUAAACGGUGACACUUACGCAAAGCGACUAUGAUAUGAAAAUAUUGUGUUUAGUCUAUCCAGAUUACUUUAUAGGUUUUUUUUUCCGCUUAUUUGCGGGACCAACUGCGAAAAAGUUAAGCCACUAGGAGGAGCUCAUAUUUCCCGAAAACUUUUUUUGUGGAUGAUUUUUUUGUUUGGCUUCUUGACUGCCAGUCAACUGCGCGGUAAUCCAAUCAUUUGUGAUGCCGAGGACGCGCGUUUCCGCUCGCGCUUCGUGCCGCUCGGAGAGUUCUCGAGCGCCGCAGGAUCCGGUGAGCACGCACGCACGCACGAGCACCUCAUCUCUCCUGAUGUUUACAGCGGUUUGGAACAGUCCACGGUUUGGAGUCAACUGUACACUACAUUACCCACGGCAAUACCGGGCCGGCGGCCCAGCCUUCUUAAAGGAGCAGGGGGGAUGCGGAGAGAGCGCCUCCCGGGCCGAGCCGUGUGAGAGCCCUCAGCCGAGCGAACUGGAACAAGUGUCGAUUAGGGGCGGGAUCGCGGUGCCGAAUAGCCGUGUGGCUUACCAGUCAAGAUCGCCUGUGUUCCGAACCCUCUCCAGGUCGUCGAGUGGAUAUUUUUCGUUCGACAGUGAGCCGAGCUCUCCGCUAAUCACCCAUAGCACGGCCACUCAGACCCCGAGUCCGUCUAGUCAAGUGAUAAUUCACGCCCUGCAGCGCAUUUCCGAAGCGCGAGGCGACGCGCACAAUGAUGAAUUAUGGCCUGCUCUCCAUAACCACUAUCCACCCCACGGAGAAGCAUCUGCGGGGGACAUGCAAGCGGAGUCAUACGUUGCGCAAGAGUUGCGGCGCAUCGGCGAUGAAUUUAACCAGCUUUAUUUUCAUGAGGCAGAAAGAAAUGGUGGCGCAGCCCCUCAGCAGGCCCAGAAUGAGCCCGCCAUCAUGCUGUGGAUAGGGCUCCUGAUUGGACGGCUAUUACAGUUCCUCCUGAGACAAAGAUGAUGGACAAGGAGAACACCCAGCAGACAAGUAGCACCCGAUUGUAGAUAUGUAAAUACACAGUGCUUGCUCUCUCUCUCUGUCUCUCUCUGUGUCUCUCUCUUGCUCUCUCUCCCUGUUCUUCUUUCGACUGCACGCUGACAUUGACAUUCCCUGUCCAGAGAAGAGAUUGGAAUCUGGAUGCCGUGGAAUUGGGUGGGGAAUUCUGGGAUCUAACAUGGAGUCAUAGACAGCUGUGUUUCCUGCAUGAACAUGGAAAGCUGAGCCAUUAAAACACUGGGUCGAGAAGGUUGCGAGACCUCUCUCUGUCUCUGGAGUUUUUCCGUUUUUCACCAAGUGAAGACGUGUCGAUCGCAUAUGCCUUCAUGGCCUCGGUUGCGCUAAUCUUUCUUUUUCAGUGCUCAUUCAUUGUUUGUUUUUUGUUAUUUUAAUUUUAACUAUGUAUAUCUUUUAAAAACUUGUCUUUUCUGUAUUUAUUUGCCACUGUUGUAUUUAAGUCGUGGUGGUUUUAAAAAUUUUUUUCCUUUUUUUUUUUUGAUUGUCUAUAACUGAAGUGGAUUAGUUAGCGGUAAUAUUGCGGUUCUGCCUGCCCUUCUUUAUUAAGUCAAAAUUUGCACUUCUGUUGAAUGAACAGUAUACACAAAAUUAUUUUUAAUACGUCAAAUCAUGUAUUGCCCGAAGAUCUUGGUGGAAACAAGGAAAUCUAUGACUGGUUACUGACCGCUUAUGAGGGCUACAGAAACAAACCAGGUCAGACAUUUGUGAGGUGUUAAUUUCACCUUUUGGCUUUUCAAAACUCUGAGGGACAGCCAGCUCAUAGCAGGGGUGUGAUUUCGACACUGUUUUUGCCGGAGAAACGUUAGCCUUGGCUAUAAUACUGACAGGCUCCUCCUCCCCCUCCCCCCCAUUUUGUGAAAAUGAAUGAAAGCAAGUGACUAAAACUUCUAAGGACAGACGAGACACAGGUUUCCACUUUAAAGUGAUUGAAAAGAAACUUUUAUUUUUAACAAAUUAAUGAUUUUAAUAGUUUUAAAUUUGGCCCAUGGUGUAAUUUAAUGAGUGAAAGGUUUAAUAAUACACUUGAGGUUGGUCAGCUGUGGUUGCAUUGGGCAUUUCAUCAUGGGUGGUGCUUCCACUUUUAAUUUUGUGUGUGUGUGUGUGUGUGUGUGUGUGUGUGUGUGUGUGUGUGUGUGAGAGAUUAAAGCUAUUCAGGGGAUUUUCAUAUGAGGUUUUUUCUUGCUGACUUUUGACCAAGAACAGCCUUUAUCACUGAGACUAGAUUCAAGAAACAUGAUGUAAUGAUGUUAUAAAACUAGCCUCAGUGACUCAGGGGAUUUAUACCUGUGGAGUUUUAAACAAAAUGGGCUUCCAACAUGAUCCAGUCCAUGGCUCUAACCUGCAUCUACUCAAGCCUUUUUUUAUGCAUUGCCAUUUCCUCAGUAUUGCAGUUAGCAUUGCAGAUGAUGAGUCAUAUUCUACACCACCAUUCUUGGUACUUAACAACUGUUAUGUUAAUUAUGUUAGACAUGUUAAGUGAUGACCAAUACCCAGAAGAAUCAGCAGAUAUUAAAAAUACUUACAAUCCACUUGCUAAAAUGUAAUUAUGGGCAUGUCACUUCCAUCAUAUUUUAAUCAUUUUAUUCACAAUUGAAUUUCUUGUCAAAAUGACAAGCCAUUUGUAGCUUGCCUUAACUGUUUCAGGUUUACCAGUCAAAACCAAAGAACUUGUUUCGACGUACUGUAUGUAAAUGUUGAUAUUUGCAUUGUGUUCUUUGACAUUAUGCAUGAUGUAUGCACAACCAUAAAGAUCAGGAUAUAAUCAAACUCCCGGUAAUGGAAAGGUCAUAUAUUUUAUGUCAAAAUAUUUCCGCUUUUUUUUUUUUUUCUCCUCAGAACAAACGUUUUCACAGAAGGUAAAUUUCAAGAUGAUCUGCAUUCCCGUUCACUGGAUUUAAGAUUCAGUCUCAUUAACUGAUCCACCUCGCAGACCCAGUACAUUUGUAGCAAAAUGUUCCUCUUUUAUCCUUUUUACAUUUUGUGUUUGCACUGAAACCUUGCUGUGCUCAACUUGUGCAAUACUGCUGUAAAUAAAAGCUUCUUUUUCAUCUUUCUAAAAA